AUGGCCACAGCUGCGGAAAAAGCGACGCCCGCACCCUGCUGCUCGUCUCCCUCGGCCGCUGUCGUCAAGACCGUCGGUCUUGGCAAGGACGUCGCCGGUGUCGUGCGGGAAUGGAGCGUGGAGAAUGGAAGAUCAGCGUCGUCGGCGGUGACGGCGAUCAUCGACCCCGUCGAUGAUCUCCAGGAGCCACCGCCUGCUAAGCCUCCGGCGAAAGGUAACGUGCCUGGGAAGGAUGUGCGUGCUGCUUUCCUCUUGUUAUCUCUGUUUUUCCACUUUUGUGUGUUUCUGUCGUUAGUUUUCUGCGGCUCGUUGGCGGAUGGAUGAUGACUUUUUGUCGUCCUUUUUUUCAUCUUCAUCUUGUUGAUCCUAAUUUUCUAUGAUGAUAUGGAUGAAAAGAAAAAUUCAUUGGGAAACUUGAUUGUUAUGAUGAUAUGGAUGGUGAAGCUUCGUGGAUGCUGAAGAGAUUAUGGCUUUCUCUGACGGAGAAGAGAAAGGCGCAUUUACGACAACUGAAUCACAAUUCGGGAUGAUGCAUUCUUGUCCUUAUGAUGGGCGUCUCAUCGCCAUAACAUUGUUAAAUGAAUAGGUGUAUAAAGAAAAGUCAGAUCAUAGAAGAAGAAUAUCAUGCAUGAGGGAUAAGACAUGGCUGUCGAUAAGAUUUUUUUAUGCAAUAAAUGUUAAGUAUGUAUAAUUAGGGGACGUAGACUAAUAUGCAGACAGCUAAUGACAUCCAAUCUUAAUUUCAUAUUCUUGAAGGUGGUGGUCAAACUCUUUUGUUAUAGUUAAUAGAAAGCUACAAAAUAUGGGAUUAAGUUGUCUCAACUAGUGGCAAAUAGUUAGGAGGCCUUCCUAGAUGACAGAUUCAAACUAAACUGCUUUGUAGCUUCUUAAAGGUGAAUGGUGGGAAAAGGAAUUGAGGCUCUCAAUCUUCACUUUGAAACGAAAGUGGGAAAACUUGAUUAUGACUGUUUUUAUCGAGCCCCAUAUGAUGGUCAUCAGUGGAGAACCUUUAAGGUUAUAACCUUCUUGGUAAGCAGUCAGAUCCCGAGUUCAGUGCGAUAAGAGGGAGCUUCAUUGGGAAUGACCUUGGACAUAUACAUUGAUGUUCUCACCUUCAAUACACGAUGUUCUAUUUUAGUAGGAAUUAAAAUCCAUUGCAUCUAAGGUAUUAUUGUUCCAGAUUCAUUUGUCAAAACUUAUGUUACGAUUCAGUGUACUUUUUUCAAUAUUCUAUGGUGAGAAGGAUAAAGAAAAUCGGAAGGGUUUUAGGAAUGCAACCAACAAAAAAAGGCGAAUAUCUCCACUUAAUAAAAUGGGAUAAUUCUCUAGAGAAUUAGGGGAGUGAAGAUUAUUCUCUCUAUUUGGAUAUUUUUAGGCAUAGUUCAUGGGGUGUGAUCCUUGGCAGAGGAAAGGGUGCAGAAACUAUUCUGAAUUGACUGUCUUGCCCACGUUUAGGCCUAUAGCCCUGUCUGUAGAUACGUCCUAGAGGAAAGUGUCCUUAAUGGGAAUUUUUGAUACAUUUUCAGUUGGAAAAUAGAUAUUCUUUAGAUUUUUCAACUAUCGGUGUUGUAUAGAUUGACCCCAGAUCGGCAAAAUUUCUACAUAUGUGCUAAAUAGCAAAAUAUGAAGGGAAGUCUAUAUGACUGGCAACGGGGGCUUCUUUUGGUGGUUUAAAUUUGGAAGCUCAAUUCAGCAUAGACUUCACCUUGGUUGAUGUGGAAGAAUGCUUCGAUAUUUUCUAGGUUAAAAGUCCCUUAGAGAUUGGUUCCUUUUAUUGUGAACUCAUAGGUAAAAUAAUAUGUUUAUGUUAAAUGUGAAGGUAAUCCCACCUUCAGUUUCGUUUUUUGGUCUUUAUAUAUUUCCUCUGAUUUACUACUUACAAAUACAGCCAUUCAGAUGAUGACGAGAGCUCAAAGCAGCCACCCAUUAGAUCCAUUAUCUGCUGCUGAAAUUGCCGUUGCUGUGGCAACUGUCAGGGCUGCUGGUGCCACCCCUGAGGUUGUGCAUUAAUCCUCUAAUAAACUUUACAUUUUAACGUAUUUUACAUGUUGAGCUCACUUUAUCCCUUUUCCAGGUUCGGGAUAGCAUGCGCUUUAUUGAAGUAGUCUUGUUGGAGCCAGAUAAACAUGUAGUUGCUUUGGCUGAUGCAUACUUUUUCCCUCCUUUUCAACCAUCUCUCUUGUCCAAAACGAAAGGGGGACCUAUAAUUCCAAGCAAGCUUCCACCAAGGCAGGCAAGGCUUGUUGUCUAUAACAAGCGAUCAAAUGAGACUAGCGUCUGGAUAGUUGAACUUUCAGAAGUGCAUGCAACAACAAGAGGUGGCCAUCACAGGGGCAAAGUUGUUUCGUCAGUGGUUGUUCCCGAUGUCCAACCUCCUAUGGUUAGUACUCUCCAUGCCACUUUCUGUAGGUUCUUUUUGUGUUCGUGCUUACUAUGACUAGCCUCAAAGAGAAAUGAUGACGCUAUCUUAUCUGGUUUUAACUGUUGCCACUUGGGACUAGUUCUGAUGAUUAGUGUUUUGACAUGCUUCGAGAAGUCUUUAAAAAUUAUAAAUACUACUUAAAAUGUCAAAUUAUCACCAUUUUCUCAUGGGGGAAUAAUGUCUAUCUGGAAAGAUGUUGACUGGACAUCUAUGAUUAAGAUAUUUGUAGAUGGAUGCACCCCUAGCGCAUAAGCUCAUUCCAUUGAAGCAUCAGAUGUUUUCCAUUGAGAGACUGAGCCAUGGAUUUUCACAUUGGAUUUCUGUAGCAGAAGAUCAUGAAGUAAGGACAGAGGGAAGAAGAAUACUGCUCAGAUAUUUGGAGAAACAGUCUCCGAAAGUGAGAUUGAGGAUUCCCUAUGAAGAGACGUAUCUAACCAAGCUCCAGAAGAAUAAAAUAGGUCUAAUUCUUAUACCCGAUGGAUUAGAUGUUCCCUAGAGAUUGGAACCCUGAAGAAGUCAGAUGAAAUGCGUAUAUAUUAACCUCUAUGUCGACUUAUUUACUAAAAGAUGCAUUUUGGAAAAUGAAAAGCCACUAUUUGAGAAUGCAAAUGGGCAUUUGUACUCUUCAAUCAGCUCUUACCAUAAUUUUGAUCAUAUCUGAUAAUUAAUGGAAGGUACAGGUCAGUUGGGGCGGAAAUAGGCAUGGAGCUGAAAAAAAUUGCGGUAGGUAAAAGAGUAGACUGAAUUAGUAGCCAGAAUUAAUGCUCUCAUAUGUUAAGAUCUGAGAAGGUAACUCUAGAACAUGCAUCUGUUUGAAGGGGCAUUCGACCAGUAUGCCACCUCUAGAUGCUUAACCUUUAUUCACUGGCCAGACAGGUCUUGGCAUAAAAUUGGACUGAAAAAUAGAAAAUAAAUGUCCUUUCCUCCGAAAGUUUUUAUGAAAAAUGAAUGCAGAGAACAUGGAUUUUUGUCUCACUUUUGAUGUUUCUGUACUUUCGUAUAUCCAUAUGUAUAGUCAAUGCAUUUUUCUGCGUGAUCAACUUCGUUGAUAUUUUCCGUAAUUCGCUUGCCUUUGAUACUAUUCUUGUGGAUGGCUUACAUCCGUGUGAUUCAGUGGUGGAAGAAGCACGCCACUAUUUUUGCCACAUAUUUUCUGUUGUGUAGAUGGUUCACUCUCCUAUCCUCUACUGGAUUUCAUCUGCCUUUGUAGCUUACUGUCAUUUAUUAUGUUUCUUCUAGGAUGCAGCAGAGUAUGCUGAAUGUGAAGCUGUGGUAAAGGAUUUUCCUCCAUUUAUAGAGGCAAUGAAAAAGAGAGGAAUUGAUGAUAUGGAUCUUGUAAUGGUUGAUCCCUGGUAAUUAAAUGCGUUUAAUUCUGUGAAGAUGUGUGAAUAUUUUAGCAUUUUAUUUACGUACGCGCCUGAUUACAACUGAGGAGCCUUUUGCUUUGUCAGGUGUGUUGGUUAUCACAGUGAGGCUGAUGCUCCUAGCCGCAGACUGGCUAAGCCACUCAUCUUUUGUAGGACUGAGAGUGACUGUCCAAUGGAAAAUGGUUAUGCGCGUCCUGUUGAGGGAAUUCAUGUACUUGUAGACAUGCAGAAUAUGGUUGUAAUCGAGUUUGAGGAUAGAAAAUUGGUUCCUUUACCGCCUGCAGAUCCCUUGAGGAAUUACACACGUGGACAAACACGAGGUGGUGUUGAUCGUAGUGAUGUGAAGCCUCUGCACAUUAUUCAGCCUGAGGGCCCGAGUUUUCGUGUAAAUGGCAACUUUGUGGAAUGGCAAAAGGUAGUCUGCCAAGGGGGCUGACUUCGUUUUUUUCUGAUUUCUUUUAUUAUGAUUUUUUUUAAUCCAUUUUUCUCUAUGCUUUUUAUUUUUCCUAUAUUUUCUCUGAAAUUCUUCUUGAUUAUCUUACCUAUUACAGUGGAAUUUCCGGAUCGGUUUUACCCCUAGGGAGGGUCUGAUAAUCUAUUCUGUAGCAUAUGUCGAUGGUAAUCGGGGCCGAAGACCUGUAGCCCACAGGCUGAGUUUUGUGGAGAUGGUGGUACCCUAUGGUGACCCUAAUGAACCCCAUUACCGUAAGAAUGCAUUUGAUGCUGGAGAAGAUGGGCUUGGGAAAAAUGCGCAUUCGCUUAAGAGGGUCAGUAUGGCACUGUUUCUAGGUCUGCUGUUUAGUCUUGGUGACGGAUCAUAUCAUCUAUAUACCAUUCUUCCUUGCAGGGAUGCGACUGUCUUGGGUAUAUCAAGUACUUUGAUGCUCAUUUUACAAAUUUCACUGGAGGUGUUGAGACUAUUGAGAAUUGUGUUUGUCUUCAUGAAGAGGACCAUGGAAUUUUGUGGAAGCAUCAGGAUUGGAGGACUGGGUUAGCUGAAGUACGAAGGUCUAGGCGGCUAACAGUGUCAUUCAUAUGUACUGUGGCGAAUUAUGAGUAUGGAUUCUUCUGGCAUUUUUAUCAGGUAAGUUGGGACGGUCGUUAAUGUUGCUCUUUUCGCAUUCUUAGUUUUUAUGGUUUUUCCUCCCACAAUCAUUUACUUUUGGAAAGGUUCCCUCUGAGAGAAGAAUUUAAUUAAAAAAAACUAUAUGGAAGACCAUUACUGUUAGAAAUAACAUCCAGUUAACCAGUGAAGAUUCCUCAGGCUGCAUUUAUUGAGCGAAGCAAAGAUGUAAGAGAACUUUAUUUGUGCAUUUUCACCCCCUCCCCCCCAAUUCUUCUUGAAUCUUCCCCUCCGUUGUCCUCCAUUAAUGGGAAGAAUCUGUUAGCUAUUGGAUUUCGUGCCUUGAAUAUUCUGAAAAAACCUCAAAAACUCUUCUGAUUUGUUUUUCGUUCGGCUUAGUUUUUUUACUAAAAUCGAUCUGUUGUUGAUAUUAUUUUGAAAGGUGAAAUUCCCUAUCGUCGUCACCAAUAUUUCAGGAAACAUAGUUUCCUUCCGUGAUUAUGUGACAGCACAUGAGGUCUCCUAGGAUAAUGACGAUCUGAAUUCUCCUCACCUGCCCCCUUCGUUGAUAUGCAUAGGAUUUUGUCAACUAAUAGCACAAAUGGAGCAUGACAAAGGCCUUUGAGCCCUUCCUGUCAAUAAUAUUUUUUAAAAAUUUAAGGGACAGAAGUUUCAUUCUAACCACAUUUAUCAUCCACUCUCUCCCUUAAAAGGUAGUUUCUUCCCAUCAAACAAUAUUUUUUGCCCCUUCUCUUUGAGCCCACAGGUGUCCUUCGGCUCAACCUCCUUGAAUAAAUGCUGCGAUUUCUUUUAACUUACCGGUUUCACAUAUUUUCUCAGCUAUUCAAUUCGAUUUCUUUCUUUAAAUGCUGCGUGAUAUUGCCUUUUGUGGACGCAGGAUGGCAAGAUUGAAGCAGAGGUUAAGCUCACUGGAAUCCUCAGCCUUGGAGCAUUACAACAGGGGGAGUCAAGAAAGUAUGGCACAACUAUUGCUCCAGGGCUGUAUGCUCCGGUCCACCAGCACUUUUUUGUUGCUCGCAUGGACUUGUCCGUUGACUGUAAACCUGCUGAGACUUUUAAUCAGGUACGUUCUGGCAUUUUCCGGUGCUCUCUGCUUUACUUAAUACACCAGGCUUCAGAAUCUUUUAGCUCACCAAUGUUCAGAAGCAACCAUAGAAAUCUGAACGAUUGUUUUUCUCAUUGAUGAUAUCUAUCAAGCUAAUCCACAGUUAAUCUACAGAUGAUUAUCACGAAUAGUUGAAGUUAUCAAGCUAAGUAAAAGCCACGGUGCCAGAGACUAAGAAUCUCCCUGGUUUAAUCAACCAUGAUACAUAAUAACUUUUUGCUCUGCGUAAAAAUGGAAAGGAACGCCCAAGAAGGUGUCACGGCGUUAGAUUUAUCUGCUGGAAGCAUAUGAAGAAUUCAUAAAUGGGAAAAACCCAAUGCAUAUACCCCCACAUCCCGACGUACGUUUUUUGGUAUAAUCUAUAGUUUAGAUGAUCAAAAUCAUCGCAAGUUUAGCGACGACACAUAUCACUGUGGCAUUAAAUUUGGUUUAAUAAUGAAAAAAUCGAAGCCGGCCACAUGGUUUCACGCCUACAAUGCAUGCGCAUGCCUCCAAUUCUUCGCCCGCAUGUUUGUGAGUCUGCUGUGCCCUUGACUUGCUUCGCAUAGCGUCUUUAUUUGUAAUCCAAUUAGCUGUGCUCAUCUGUUCACGUCUAUAAUCGAACUGAAUUAUCCGUCAUUAAUAUCUUUAUGUCAUUUGGUUUAUACGCCCCCCACCCCCCCAAACCCUCGGCUCACCAGUCAGUUUCGCCCAGAUUAUUUUUGAGUCUGCACAUUUUCGUAACCUAAUUACUGUGAUCUUUGUGUUUCUUUUCUCACUUCCUUCUAAGGUGGUUGAGGUGAAUGUUAGGGUCGAAGAUCCAGGGGAAAAAAAUAUUCACAAUAAUGCAUUCUAUGCUGAAGAAAAGGUUCUGAGAUCUGAACUGCAGGCAAUGCGCGACUGUAACCCUUCCACUGCUCGCCACUGGAUCGUAAGGACCCCGACCUACUGCUAUGCUCUCCAUCAGUUUCCUCAAUUGUUUUCUCCAAAUACCGUCAUCUUCUUUUCCAACGCCUACAGAAUUUCUUGUUUUAUUAUAGGAACUGAUUUAUUAGUAUGAAUGGUCUGGAGGGAAUAUUAGAACUGGGAAUAUAUCAGUCCGUUCAGGAAAAUGUAACGGGGGAAGUCUGCGUUCAAUCUAUCAAGACAUAAUUAUUCGUUUUACGAUUUUUUUAUUAGAUGAAAAAUCUCCUCAAAGAAUUGGCUAAUUAUUUAUAAAUGGUGACUAUUGCAUAAUAUUUGCCUGUCGGAAUUUAUUUUUAAAAAAUUUCCCCAUAUAUCCCAUCUGGCCAGUGCAGAGAUUUUGAACAUGCACCACCGUGUGAUUUGCACUGGGAUAGGAUCUGAAAUCAAUUAUUUUUUCUUUCGCUUUGUAAUCUGCCUUCAGAUAAGGAACACAAGAACGGUCAAUCGAACUGGCCAGCUCACCGGAUACAAGCUGAUGCCUGGCUCGAAUUGCUUACCAUUAGCUGGCCCCGAAGCCAAGUUUUUGCGAAGGGCCGCAUUUCUGAAGCACAAUCUCUGGGUCACACCCUACAAACGUGAUGAGAUGUAUCCUGGGGGAGAAUUCCCUAACCAGAAUCCACGUGUACAUGAGGGCUUGGCCACGUGGGUCAAGCAGGACCGUCCUCUUGAGGAAUCUGAUGUCGUCCUCUGGUCAGUGACCGCCCUCCCCCUCCUCUUAUUGAAGACGCCAAGCAAAUGACCCACUGCUAUUUCUAUCGAUCACCAACUGAUUUUGUUUCCUCUAGUUUUUUCUUGUCUUUAAAUUCCUUUAAUUCGCAUGCUAUAUAUCCUUUUCACAUGCUUACUGAUAUUUUACUCUACUAUUUCCAUUUAAAUAUAUUAAGCGAAUGAAUUACAUGCCAUUCUAUCUCUGCAAAGUUUCAUCGGUCAUCGAAUCAUUCUAUUCUCUCUCUUGUUCUUGUACUUAAAUUCCCUAAUUCGCAUGCUAAAUCCCCACAUGCCCCCUCACAUGUUACUCUACUAUUUCCAUUUAAAGAUAGUGAUUGAAUGAACUACGUGCCAUUCCCUCUCUGCAAAGAUGCAUCAAUCCUUCUUCUAUUCAGAUCCCUUCAUCCACAUCUUCUAUCCCCACGCGCUCGCUUAAAUGUCAAUCAUUUUAUAUUAUUUCCAAUAAAUAUUUUUUUAAAAAAAAUCAGUUGAAUGAACUGCACGCCAUUAUGCUCCUGCAUAGUUUAAAGAAUUUGCUCCUCCGGCAUUGAUCCUCUCUUCAUGCGAUCUGUCUAUUUCAGGUACAUCUUUGGAGUGACGCAUAUUCCCCGCUUAGAAGAUUGGCCCGUCAUGCCUGUUGAGCGCAUUGGUUUCAUGCUUAUGGUAACUUACACCCUAACCCCCCCGCCAACUCCCCCCCCCCGCACUUUUCCGAUGCACCGACCACAUCCUUCUACCUAUUAAUGAAACAAAGUUACCACCCGACCCUAAACACAUGUAUGCAGAUCGAGAAUUUGAGCUCCACAUGACCGUUGCAGCAACACGUAGAUGCUCAAUACAUCUUUGUUAGAUCAGUCAUCGAAGCUUUCCCGGGUCAACUCCAUUAUUCUAGACUGAAGCUUUUCCGUUAAUCUUCCUCAAGAACACAGAAGCCCAACGUCCCAAGAACUGCUUCCUAUUUAGAUAUCUAAUUACAUUCAUACAUCUUAUAUUUUAGCAUCCUUCCCUGGGUAGCCUUGAUAUUGCUUCUAUAAAAGACUACUACUCAGCAUAGAACACCACCUCGACAGAUGCCGCCUAGUAGGAACAACUUCCUAUUCAUAGAAGGAUCCUUCCACCCCCCAUCCCCUCUCUCUCCUCAAAUCUUGGACAUCUUCUCAGAUAGGUGGAUCCUUGGCCGGGUCAGCUCUCUCUACAAUUCUUCAAUAAAAAAAAAUGAAAAACAUCUAUUUCUUGACGUAGAUAGAACUUGCACUUAAUAAUCUCUCUGGCAUGCCGCAGCCCCACGGUUUCUUCAACUGCUCCCCGGCUGUGGACGUGCCGCCCAGCACCACGGAGACGGACCUCAAGGAAAACGGUUCCCCGAAACCCAUCCAGGCGGCUGGUCUCCUCGCCAAGCUGUGA